AUGGAUACGACUGUCAGCGGACUCUCUGCUCAAUUGAAUCGGAACGAAAUGCUAUAUCCUAUGCAUCUUACAGCAGAAUUGUUCAAGAAACGCAAGAAACUGCUGGAAGAGAAAGCAGCUUUUACGGAAGAGGAAGGAAAUAUGUGGGAACAAUCAAAGGCAAUCCUUGCGCAAAAUAUCAAUGAUGAAGAAAAUUUGAAGCAAUCACGUAGAGCAUGCAAAGAGAUUUCUAAACAGUUUGGUUUUUGA